CCCACCGAGUUCCUGUGACGUGUCAAGAUGUCGCCAUUUUCCUGAGGAAGGAAACGCCUUGAAGGAACGAAAACAAAUCAACUGAGUUUUUUGGAGCUCAUUCAUUUUUUUCCCACCAGGAGUAGGUUCCCAUCAUCCGCCGCCAUGGGGAACGUUAUUGCAUCGCUCUUUAGCAUGUUCGGAAAGAAGGAGAUGAGGAUACUCAUGGUGGGUCUGGACGCUGCUGGAAAGACGACUAUUUUGUACAAGCUUAAACUUGGAGAGAUCGUGACCACCAUUCCCACAAUAGGUUUUAAUGUGGAGACAGUCGAGUACAAGAACAUCAGUUUCACAGUGUGGGACGUCGGUGGUCAAGACAAAAUUCGACCGCUGUGGCGUCAUUACUUCCAGAACACACAGGGUCUCAUCUUUGUUGUGGACAGCAACGACAGAGAGCGAUGCGGCGAGGCUCGAGAGGAGCUCCUGAGAAUGUUGGCAGAGGACGAGCUGAGAGAUGCUGUGCUGUUGGUGUUUGCCAACAAACAAGACCUUCCAAAUGCUAUGAAUGCAGCAGAACUCACAGACAAAAUGAAUCUUCACGCCUUACGCAACAGGAAGUGGUACAUUCAGGCAACCUGUGCCACCACUGGAAACGGACUCUAUGAAGGGCUAGACUGGCUGUCCAGUCAGCUCCAGAAGCAUUAACGAUCACAGAAUUUCUUGAAACUAAGCUGCUCCAACCAGUGCUCUUUACUAAUUCAUGCUUUCGGCAUCCAUGUGUGCAGGCCAGUAAGUGGACAGCAGAGACGGCUGUGUUCAUACUGCAGUCGGUCUUUGCCGGUCUGCUCAGCAGCUGGUGACUGAUGACGCUGUAGCAGCAUAUCAGUCAUUAUCCCUGAGGUGUGCUUGGCUCAGGGUGUCAACACAGUGUCGCUUCUCAUACCAAACACUUGUUUUAAUUUGUCGUGUAGUGUAGACAGUACGGACCUCCACGAAAUUGUGUUGAUGAUGAAAUUUCUGUACCCUUUCGGAUGCGGACAGCAUGAAUUGGUCUUAAAGGUGUUGCACCACUGAGCUAACCUGCACUGAAAGCAGCUUUCAUCAUGACAAACAUGCAGGCCAGUGGUUGGGGGGAUAUUUUCAUGUAAAGCAGUUAUUUUUUUUUUGUUUUAUUGUAACUGUAAAUAUAAUUGGUAACGGGGCAGGUUAAUACACUCUUUAAAAUCCUACUGUGGUUAUUUCUCUUUUAUUAUUUCUAUUUUCUCGGCUGUCGGGCAGCCAUGUGUGCACUGAAUAAGAAAAAAGGGAGGUGAUAAAUUUACCAGCACACGUCGGCCCCCCCAGGACCUCAAUGCAAUCUAAUGACUCGUUAUUAUCUGGUCACACGAACCACGAGGUGUGAUCAUUCAGGGGCUUCUCAUUUUUAAAGAACUGAACUAUACACUGAUGCACUACUUGCAGCUACUCUUGUUAGUUUUGCCAACGACUUCCUGUACCAGCCCCUCAAACUGCCGUCUAGUUGAUCAUUUGUACUGACAUCAGUCCUGUCGGUGAACACUUACCAGCCUUUGUUGUAUGUUGGCCUAAAUUGAGAGACAUUGCAAUGAUCUCACGUCUAUCUGCUCCUAAGGCAGUGUGUCGAGUGGAAUUUUGUACUUUUAGAGUCUCAGGUUAAUUGUGUGCUGCCUUUGCAAUACUAAUUGUUAGGAAUAACUGCAUGAUGUGGUGUGUUGGUCGCUGCACAUCGUCAGGCAGCAGAGGAACUGUUAUCCCACCGAGUCUUCAUUUCUGCAGCCCUAAACUGAUCAUUUUUCUGUGUACUCUGAGCAGCAACUGUCAGGAGCUGCUUAGUGUCCUCACUAAAGGCUCUACUUGGUCUUUUUGUCAUUGUAAUGGCAAUACAAAAUCAGCAGCAUCUUUUAUACAGUGCCAGCAUUUCUUGGUUGUCCUUCGAUAAACAGGAGGCCGUACAGCUGCCUUUUUAUCCAUUACUUACUUCCAAGGGUCGUUUCUAAAAGGUGUGGGUGUGGCUUUGCUUGUUGUGGGUGUAUUGAACAUUUUUAUGAUUUAUAGAUGCCUAAAUGUUCUUUUGAUGUCUUAAGAUGGUUUUCAUGUAAAGCCUUUUGCUUUGUGUGGGGAAAAAAUUAAGAUGUAAUUAAAGUGACUGGAUGCAUAAAAGUCUCUUGAUGUUCGUUUUGUUUCACACUAUGCAUUAAAAUGACUGAAGUUUAAA